AUGUCGGCCGCUGAUCAAUACUCCAUCAUCAAGACUAAGGGGAUCCAGCAUCCCCAGCCAGUCAGGCCUGCUCGAUAUCGUCGGGGAAAGAUGCCCGAGUUUGCCGUCCACGAGAUGGAGGAUCAGGAGGAGGCUGAGCAGCGAGACAGGCAAGAGCGGAAGUUGGCAGCUGAGCGUGCGAAGCAUCAGGCGGCUGUGGUGACGACAGGUGGCGAUGAUGAGGAUGAUGAAGACUCUGAUAACGAGGGUAAUCGAGCGGCCCUUAUCGCCAGAUCGAGGCAUGCUGUUGAGGAGAGAGUGAAGGAAGAGGAGGAAGCUGCAGCUGCAGCGAAACGCGAUGGGGCAACUUCGGAAGAUGAUGAGGACGUGGAGCUAGAGGAAGAGGAAGAAGAGGAGGAAUCAAGCGAGAGUGAAUCGAGCAGUGAUAGUGACGAAGACGAGGGGCCUCUGCUCGCCGGGCCACGGUUCAAGCCAGUAUUCGUACGGAAAGGAGAGCGGCACAAUACGGCGAAGGUUGGUAAUCAGAUGCAGUAUUUGGAGAAAUACAACGAAACUGCCGAAGAUGCUGAGAGGAAGAAGCACGAGAAGGAGGAUGCUAUCGUGGCCGCUAUCUCAGGUAAUCUUGGUGAUGUGUAUUAUUGUGAUGCACUGGAUGAUGGUUAUUACUACUGUGAAGAGGCAAGAUGA